UAUGCAUCUUUAUAGUUUCAAAUUCGACUAUUUCAUGGAGCUAAUAAAGAUGCAGACGAUGAUAGAGUCAUGACGGAUAGAACACUUACUUUGUCAAUACCUGAAAAUAUCAACCAAGAAAAUAAAUUAGAAGACAUCUUAUUGGACUAUUUUUACAACAAUAUUAUCACCGGUAUUAAACGACAGGUCGACAACAAUACGAACAAUCGUCGAUUAAGCCUCAAUUUUUCUGAAAAUGUAGCUACAUCCCCCACAUUUCAGAAACACGUUUUAGAAGAGGAAGUGAGAAAAGAUGAAAAAUACGAAUUGAAACAAAUGUUAAAAAAGGCAGCAGCAGAUGGGCAGCAGCAACAACAACAACAACAACAACAAACAGAACAGGAAAUAGCUGUUACAGCCUGGCAAGUGCUUGAAUUACUGCCAUUCUAUAGUGCUACGAACGAACAAGGAGAGGCAAUCCGAACACAAUUAGACUCGUCCUUUCCCGAUACACAUAUGGUAUUACCAAUCGUACUAAAAAGAUAUCGGUAUGAUAGUAACGGUGGGUCCGUGAAAAUCAGAAACAGGGUAGAAAUACCUGUCACCAUUGACUUUAACAAAUUUGUGAAUCAAAACGCUGACGACCCCAUGUGCGCGACUUGCGGACAUGAAAUCAACUGGACACUGUACUUCAAAAGUGCUGUAUGUCACAAAGGCGAUUCACCGUACAGCGGUCAUUACAUUAGUUAUGCUCGUAUCCCGGGCACGGCAUCAGAUACCCAACAGGAUGAAACAAAAGAUACAGCUGAGCUUGAUAAUCAGGAUAAUAGAGAUUUUUGGUUAAAAUUCGACGACAUGAAUGUAAAGCAACGUAUCAUGAAGAUUAAAGACGAAGAUAGUGAAGCUAUUUAUACAGAUCUGGCUGAGAAUGCGUACAUUAUUUUUUACGAAUUGGAUAAAACUUGCCAUCACAAUUUGAGGAAAGUUGUAACAGCAUCUACAUUAGCCACGAGUGAGACGGUAUCAUCUUUUACAAUAUCAUCGUCAAGUUCUACUAACGAUUCUUCGUCGUAUUCAGCGACAGCUAUCACUGACGAUCUUGAUGAGAAGUUAGUUCUCAAUCAACCACCCCCACAAUAUGAACAGCACGCUCCCGACUGCAUUUUCAAUACGGAUCAUGAUGAUGAAAAACACAAUGCCAGUAGUAACAGAAACGGCUUCAGUAAAGUUGUAGUUGAAGAAAUUAGAUGCGAGCAUUUGAAAUCGAGCCCUACCACUUCCACAUUCGAAACAGAUACAGAACAGCAUUGCUGUAAUUGUAAUGAAAAGAAAAAGUCGAGAAAGAAGAAGAAGAAGCACAAGGCUUUUGCUUCCAGGCGAAAGAAUCAAAGGUCUUCUUCGCCAAAAGAUGAAUUGCAACAACCAAUAACAGAUAAGGGGUCACCCAAAGCUGUCAAUGCAAAUGAUACCAGUUAUAAAAACAGCACACAUUCUCACCAAGAUCAUCCUCACCACCAGCACCAUCAUCAACAUCACCAUCAACAUCACCAUCACCAUCAUAAACAUCAUUUGAAAGAAUCAUGCAAUAUCAUGUAGACCUUUAUAUCAUUAUCGUUUGCUUCUUGACAUCUAUACCUCUUCGUUUUUCAAUCGUAAUAUUUUCCUUGUUAAGGUUUUUAAUUCUAUUAACAUACACCUAAAAUAGUUAUUCUAUAUGAAAUCAUUUUAAUUCUAGAAAGACGAACAGCUUGUAUUACACACA